GUGUGCCAAAGUUCGAAUGCGACGCAAACGGGAGCGCGCACACCGUGCCUAUAAAUGUAGAAUCGUGAUGAAUCUCUCUCGUAUAUAUUCCUCCCGCGCACAUCACCACGUCUAUCCACCCUCGCAGCCCCCUCCCAGUGCUCAUUACUCCUGGCUCUUCGUAUCCGCUUGGAUUGAGCGAGAGCACGACGCGAUUACGCGAUUUAGUGUUGCCUCUGGAGCACUCCACAUUGGACCAAACUCGUCUCGGAAGCUGUGCAUCGUUCCAGUGAACAACACCGGCAUGCAGAAUACCUGGUGCUCUUCCGACGCGUUCAUGCCAGAGUUGAUGACCUCGACAGUGUGAUACCGGUGUCCUGGAGAAAGUCUCUGGACAAGAAUUUUGGAAUCAAAACACAGUGAUCAAUUACAAUCUAACAUUGAAUAGUAAAAUCGAGAAAAAAAUUGAAAACUGUUAGGUACAGAGAUAAACGAAGAAAGGAAGGUGUGUAGAGUUUAAAGGAAAGACUCAAGUUUUGAAAUUGAUUUUGCAAGAUUUGAAUUUGAAAGGAGAAGAACGAAAGAAAUCUAGGACAACCAAAACACACAUCUAUGGCGUGAGAGUGACGUGUGCUAAUAAUUGAGCUCGAAGGUGGUGGCCGAUGUGUGCGGGUGAUGACAGAUGUGUCGGUCGUUGUUGCGGAGUGUAACCUAUCGUCGUUUCUGCCAACGCGUCCUUACUACACCAUUGACGCGAUAUAAGUGAAAACGUGAAAUAUAGGAUCGAAACAUACAAGAAUGAACCGAGUCGCUAAAAUCUAUAAGCUGCUGGCAGUCUUACUCUGCUACGAAGCCUGCAGCUACAGCUUAGUCCUAGAAGAGGAUAAGGAACCGAUUUAUCUUAAUGCCGGGGUAGGAGGGUAUGCGGAAUUUAAUUGCGAUCUUGAUUUUCCACACGAAACGCCGAUUCCGUACGUGCUUCAAUGGAACCGCCAUAGUCGCACAGUAUUUUCUUGGUACGAUGGGCACGUGACGGUUGACAACGCUUACAAAGGUCGCAUACACUUGUUGGACGAUAUCGGACAUCGCGGAUACGGCCAAGGUAGCAUAAACCUCACAAAUAUUCGUGAGAGCGACCAGGGUUGGUAUGAGUGCAGGGUGAUCUUUCCCAAUAGAACACCGAAUUCUAGAAACAAUGGCACGUGGUUUCGCCUCGAAAUCCAUGGUGCGUCGCCGUUCCCGACGACUGUUGCAGGCGAUACUCUGCUAACGGUACCGCCUGUCAACAAGACUGCCAUGGAGGGCGAAAUUGUUACCUUUGACUGUGUCCCUAAAGGCAAAGAUACGAAUGUAACGUGGUUUCAUGAUGGGACAUCAAUCUGGGAAAUACAGGAUCUCAGAAGAAGAGCGUCUAUCGAUGCUAACGGAACGUUGACUAUAACUUCAGCUGCCAUGGGUGACCUUGGAGAAUACACCUGCAAGGUAACCGGGGCAGACGGAGAUGAACAAGAUGCCUCGGCCUUUCUCAACGUACAAUAUAAGGCGAAAGUAAUUUACGCACCCCGGGAAGUCUAUCUUCCAUACGGCAAACCAGCCCUCUUAGACUGCCACUUCAGAGCGAACCCGCCUCUCACGAAUCUUCGUUGGGAAAAAGAUGGAUUUCUCUUUGAUCCUUACAAUGUGCAAGGAGUCUUUUAUAGGAGAAACGGAUCACUCUAUUUUAGUAAAGUAGAUGAGACGCAUUCGGGAAGUUACAGUUGCACUCCCUACAACGAACUAGGUACCGAAGGGCCCAGUCCUUCGAUCACCGUAAUAGUUCAAAGACCGCCGGUAUUCACAAUUACACCGCAACAUUUAUACAUGCGAAAGCUGGGCGAUGUCCUGGAAAUACCUUGCCAAGCCAGAGACGGCGACGACUCGCGUCGACCUACCAUCGUGUGGUACAAAGACGGAAUGCCUUUAUCACCUGACAGAAGUAUCAUAACCGAUGGCAAUCUGACGAUAGAAAAGAUCCAGGAACACGAUCGAGGAUUGUAUCAAUGCGCAGCUACUAACGAGGCGGCAACAGUUAUCGCGGAUGCUGAAUUAAUGGUGUUGAACGUUCCACCUAGAGCACCGUACAACCUGAGCGCUAACAGUAGCAAGAAUGCCGUCACUUUGACUUGGGUACCUGGAUACGUGAGGCCUAAGAUGGAGUAUUCAGUAUGGUACAGACCAACGGAUACGUCCGAAUGGAGAACCAUGAAAAUUCUUUCGAGAAAGAUUACCGAGGCAACGGUCAAUAAUCUUCAUCCAGGACGAGAAUACGAGUUUAUGGUUUUGAGUCAAGAUAAGCAUGGCGACGGAAUGUUCAGUAAAGCGCUUCGGAUAUUCACUCAACCGACUAAGGGCUCUCAAGGAUCUUCUCUCGACGAGAACUCGGCAUCGGAAUACCGCAGUCCGCAAGGCUUUAUUUUAGAAGAAGUCAUGGGAGCGCCGGUCAACGUAAGGGUUCAAGCGACGGUUGAAGGUUACUUGGUCACUUGGGAACCACCUGAAUAUGGCAAGAAUCUAGUUAGGCUUUAUACCGUGAGGUGGUUUAGAGGACCGUCCGAGCAUUUGUAUGGAAGAGCAGAAACAACGGAUACUUAUUAUCUAGUGAAAACUUUGGAGGAGGAAAGCUUCUAUACCUUCGAAGUGGCAGCGAUGUCUCUUAUUGACGAUGUUGCAACCAGUGAACGAAUCGGUUUAGAAGUGCCUGCUUAUCGUCGCAAUAGAGCGAUUUCCAUGGGAAUUGUCGCCGGUAUAGGUUUCUUGGCAGCAGCUCUAGCAGCUAUAUGGUGGGCGAGAAAACGAUUUUGUCAGUCGUCUAAUGAGAAAUAGCUGAGAGUGAACUUGUGGAAAGCACGUGUGUGUACUCAAGCGAAAUAGCUGUUCGUGCGCAUAAUCGAUUACAAAUAUUCAAUAAAAAUCGUACAUCAGUUGUGCGAUUAUUAGCGAAAGCAGUCGUUAUAGAAAGAACAGCACCAGGUUUCGUUCAAAUAGCAGAGAAAAUGUAUAAUUCUAUUCAAGGCAAAUUUGUGCGUCUUGAAAAAAAGUAUAAAUUUUUAAAGAUUAUGAAGGACAUAAAUCAAAAAGAUAGAAUCAAAUAUUAUCACGUA